GAGAGAGAGUCGGUUUUGGAGUGUAAAAUUUUAACGCGAUAUUCAUUUUGCAAAAAUAUUCCUUAGGUCUGCUGGCGCGUCCCUCUCGAAAGUUAUCUUCUGUCUGCCUCGACUACGUUUAAUCGGUAGGAGAGAGAGGAAGAGAGAGAGAGAAAGCGGGGUAUCCCAUUACCGUGUGGGAAGAAUGUCUUCUGCAAACGUAUGGGUUCUGCUUGGGCUGGGCAUCGCUGGCAUCAUCCUCAUGAGCAGGCGGUUCAAGAAGGCCAUCAAAGAGGAUUUUGGUGCAUUCAUUGAGCGGCUUCAGCUGCUUCCUCCCCCACAACCGGCGCCUCCGAAGGCUCCCCAUCCGCUUACAGGCCUUUCUUUCGCAGUUGGUGACAUAUUUGAUAUUUGUGGAUAUGUGACGGGUUUUGGUAGCUCAGUUUGGGCAAGUACACAUGAAGCUGCUACACAGACAUCUCCAGUGGUUUCAGCCCUGGUCGAAGGAGGUGCAGUUUGUGUUGGUAAAACUGUUGUCGAUGAAAUGGCAUAUAGUAUAAGUGGAGAAAACAAACAUUUUGAUACACCAACUAAUCCUCUGGCUCCUUCGCGUAUGCCUGGUGGUUCUUCAAGUGGAUCUGCUGUUGCAGUGGCUGCCGGACUUGUGGACUUCUCUUUAGGUACUGAUACUGCUGGGGGAGUGAGGAUACCAGGAGCAUUCUGCGGUAUUUUAGGAUUUCGUCCAUCACAUGGAGUUGUAUCUGGCAUGGGCAUUGUUCCUGUUUCUCCAAGCCUUGAUGCUGUUGGAUGGUUUGCAAAAGAUCCUAGUAUUUUGCGUCGUGUUGGACAUGUUCUAUUGCAAGUUCCAUAUGCAGAAUCACGGAGACCUAGAUCUGUUGUUAUAGCUGAUGACAGUUUUGAGCUUGUGAAAACUUCUGCAGAUCAGAUUACUCAGGUUGUUGUCAGAUCCACUGAGAAGCUGUAUGGAAGACAAGUUAUAAGGCAUAUUAAUCUGGGAGAAUAUUUGCUCUCCAAUGUUCCUAGCUUGAAACGUUUCCAAAAUAAAAACACAGGGAGUGGCGAAUCAAAAAUUUCAUCUUUAAAGGCAUUUUCUGAAGCUAUGUUGUUUCUGCAAAGGAAUGAGUUUAAAAACAACCAUCUGGAGUGGAUUGAUUCUCACAAGGCUGAUGUAAGUCCAACCAUUUUGUCAGAUGUAUAUGGAACAUCAGAUGCAACAGAUGAGUGUCUUGCCCUGUGCCAAUCCAUCAGAAAUGAAGCACGAAAUGCUUUUACUGCACUUCUGAAGGAUGAUGGUAUUCUUGUCAUCCCUACAGCUCCUGGUCCACCACCAAAACUUGGAUCAAAGGAAAUAACUUGUGGGGACUAUCGGUCCCGAUGUUUCAGUUUGUUAGCUAUAGCUGGCAUGUCUGGGUGUUGUCAGGUCACUGUGCCAAUUGGAUCUCAUGAGAAGUGUCCUCUAGCAGUGUCAUUUGUUGCUAGACAUGGAGGUGAUCGGUUUCUAUUGGAUACUGUUCAUACCAUGUAUGCUUCUCUUCAGGAGCAGGCUAGUACAGCUGAGAAAUGCAAACCAUCAACUAAUGCUAUCAGUCAAGAAGAGAAUGCUGAGAUUGCUAAGGAAAAGGGAAAUAUUGCUUAUAAAGAGAAACAAUGGCCGAAAGCUAUCAGCUUUUAUUCAGAAGCAAUUAAACUUAGUGGAAAGAAUGCGACAUAUUACAGUAACAGGGCUGCCGCUUAUCUGGAGUUGGGAAGCUUCUUGCAAGCUGAAGCUGAUUGCAGCACCGCCAUUGGCCUUGAUAAAAAGAAUGUGAAGGCCUAUUUGAGAAGGGGAACAGCUCGGGAGAUGCUUGGUUAUUAUAAAGAAUCUAUGGAAGAUUUUAGAUACGCCCUUGUUCUUGAGCCCACAAAUAGGACUGCAAAUCUUGCUGUCAAUAGAUUGAAGAAAUUAUUUCAGUAGCUGCCACCUAUAACAACCAUUCAAAUUGGCCCACAUUUUUCCCCUUUGGGAGCUCGAGUGGGCUCACGUUUUUCAUUUGAGGAGGCAAUGCUGGUUGUAUAGCAGAUCGAUUGAGCAGCUUGGUACUACCUUGGCUCCAGUGAGGAACAUGUUGUGAUUGUAAAAAGGGCUCAGUACUGUAGUUUCAUAUGGAUUCAGCAAUUCGGGGAUUUUCAAUUUUGUUGUUUUUUCACAUAUUAAAAUGUGAAAGUAGUUAUUCCUUCCGGCUUCCAAUACUGUACUGAACUGAGGUUUAAAAUUAUUCUGAUAGAAAUUAUUCAUGUAACUUCAUUAAUUGCACCAUCCAUGUCGGUGGAGCCGUUAUUAUUUUCA